GGGACCUUUAGGCGGGCUCGGCCCCGGCGCUGGCCUUAGCCGCGGCCCGGCGAGGCGAUGGCCAAGGUGUCGGUGCUGAACGUGGCGGUGCUGGAGAACCCGAGCCCUUUCCACAGCCCCUUCCGGUUCGAGAUCAGCUUCGAGUGCAGUGAGGCCCUGGCGGACGACCUGGAGUGGAAGAUCAUUUACGUCGGCUCAGCCGAGAGCGAGGAGUUUGACCAGAUCCUAGACUCAGUGCUGGUCGGCCCUGUCCCAGCAGGGAGACACAUGUUCAUCUUUCAGGCUGACGCCCCCAACCCGUCCCUCAUCCCCGAGACCGACGCCGUGGGGGUGACCGUGGUGCUCAUCACCUGCACGUACCAUGGGCAGGAGUUCAUCCGUGUGGGCUACUAUGUCAACAACGAGUACCUCACCCCCGAGCUGCGGGAGCACCCGCCCCUGAAGCCAGACUUCUCUCAGCUCCAGCGGAACAUCUUGGCCUCAAACCCCCGGGUGACCCGCUUCCACAUCAACUGGGACAACACCACGGACAGGCUGGAGGCCGUGGAGAACCAGGCCCCUGCCCUGGGCUGCGGUGCCGCCCUCAGCUGCACUCCUGUCAAGGGCUUGGGGCUCCCUGGCUGCAUCCCUGGCCUCCUCCCCGAGAACUCCAUGGACUGCAUCUAACUGGGGACCCAGGCCCAGCCUCGGCCCAACUGGCACCACGGCCCGUCUCCUGGCUCACUGGGAGGGGGUGGCCGGGCCUCCCGGAGAGUCCCAUGUGGAGGACUUAGGGCCGUCGGCUACAUCCAGGCUGGUCAGACUUGGCUCCGAGGAGGGAACAGGCCUCACGUCGCCCAGCCCAGCCCAGCCGGAUCGUCUCGCCUCUCCUGCCAGGCCUGUGAGAAGCGGGGGCUGCAUUUCUUCAUUCCUUCUGACUCGUGUCCUUUCUGUCUUCCACACCCACCGUCAGUUCCACCUGCAGCUCAUUGUGCCACCAUGCUCCCGUGAGUACCAUUGACCUGGAGCUCUUCCCACAGACCUCCCUGGCCUGCUUUGAGGCUUUCUUGGUCAAUGCCUGGCAAGGCUCUGGCCUUGUUGGGCCAAAGGCUCUGUCUUUCCUUUCCCUUCCCAAACAUCUGAGCAGAAUCCACCCAGCUUUCUGGAGUCUGGGACAAGGAAUCUUGGUUUGAAGGUGGACUUGGACACGAUUUCCAGCAUUCUCUCAAUGAUUUUUAGGUCUUUUCAAUCCAACAGCCCCUGGAAAACUCUGUUCCCAAAAGUGUGAUCAGCAGGAUGCUGAGGAAUGAUGGCUGACUUUCUCAGUGACAGGUACCCUCCAGUUGUGUCCUAGCUGGACCUGCCUUUCCCUGGCGGCUGCUGCUGUGGGGAGAUGGCAUGUUGGAGGGACCUUCUGUGCUCGCUCUGUCCCAGUGUUGGCCUCAGGCCCCUCUGGCUGCCUUGGUCUGCCGUCUGCUAAGCUCUCAGAGUGAUCGCGGACAAGGGAAGCCCCAGGGACCCUAAAGCCCCCUCCUGCCACCAUGCUCUCCGCCGCGCCCCACCCCCUUGCUGCUACAGGGUUGCUGUUGUGGUUGCAGUUUGUAUAUUAAAGGGUUUUUAUAUUAAAUAUGUUUGGUUGGUCUAAAAAUAAAAAGCACUUGAUGUAGA